UUUUGUAUUUCCGUUUUAUCCCGCCUGUUUGUUAUUUUAUCUUUCAACAGCAACAAUGUUAUUACGACCAAACUCAAGCUCACAUACACAGCCCUUACUGGCCAGCGGCACUGGCAGCGGCAGAGACAGCAGUGACUCUGCAACCAGGGACGCGCCAGGAUACGCGGCCAUAUUGGGCGAAUACAACAGACAAGACCCCGGAAACUAAAAUGCAAACGCGCGAAACCAGAGCAGCAGCACUGAGACAUCCUUUCACAUUGUGUGCAUCACUGCAGGCAUGGGAAUACUUCAGCUGCCAUAUGCGCUCAAGCAGGGCGGCUGGGCCGGCGUUUUCUACAUUAUGUUGGCAGCUGCAAUCUCAGCCUACAGUGGCGAAAUCCUGAUCAAGUACCUCUACACUAUAAGAAAUGAGGCUACAAAUAUGCUUCCAACCAACAUCCUUCCCCCACAGUGUUUAGAAACUAGUAGCAAUAGGCCACUAUGGUUGACGAUAUUAUCCAGUUCGCUGCUUCUUACAAAGAGAAGAAGCAGGGGCAAAUGUAUUAUUGCGCACACGCUUAGGCUUGGGCUUUGGCUCUGGCUUGAGCGUCGCUGUAGACUCGGGUUCAGCCGACUCUGAUGAUGCCUUUUUGUGCAAUAAAUGGGGAGGCCGAUUACCUGCAAACAGGGUAUUAAGGAUUAUGCGAAAGUUUAGCACCGCAGCCAUGUCGCGAUUCCACUUCCGUCUGCCUGAU